AUGGCCUCGCGCAAGCGUGGACUUAAGUUCUGCCCAGAAACUAACGACUUGCUAUACCCUCGCGAAGACAAGGAAAGGCGGGUUCUGGAGUAUUAUUGCAAGACGUGCAACUACUGUGUGCAAGCGGACCCGUCAGAGUGGUGUGUGUACGUGCACGCCACGGUUGUUGACGAGAAGGACAAGAUUACGACCCUUUACGACGUCACAGCGGACCCCACGCUUCCCCGCACCCGCGACGUCCGCUGCCCACGAUGUAACCACAACGAGGCCGUCUUCGUUUCGGAGCCUACGGAACAGGGCAUGACGCUGUACUUCCACUGUAUAGCUUGUAAGGAAAAGUGGCGGGAUUACGUGUGA